CAUGUACCCCAGUAUUAGUAGGCUGUAGGUCCCGUGAGCACGGCGGGGCGGACGUUCGUACCCGUAAAGGACGUACUUAGCUAGGCCUAGGUAGCCCAUCCCACUAAACAGGUCUUCCUCCAGUUUGACUUGUAGGUCGUCUGUAUUAUCAUCAAACGCCAAUCCAAAAUGGCAAGUUCUGAACAGAAUGUCAGUCAAUGGAACCAGUUACAGUUUGCACCUAUGAACAGUGCCUUGGAUGUUGGAUUCUGGCAUAGGCUGUCCAAGAAGAAACUGGAAGAAUACAAGCUGGAUGACUCCCCUAAACUAAUCAGUGGUUAUUACUACAAUGGAGAUGCAGAUGGCCUCCCAUCAAGGACUAGCCUGGAUUUCAACUCCUUUGAUGAACCUGUUCAGUGUCCCCCACACUGCUUUCCGUCCCAUGGCACAUUGUUGAAUUUCAACACACUGGAUGCUUUCAAGUCUUGUGAGAAGAAAACAGAACUUCAGAAAAUUUCUGCCAUGAUCUGGACAGACAUCACAUCUGGAGCAGCACUGAAAGAUCCCUCACUCCUGUCCAGGUUUUUACUGUUGACCUUUGCGGAUUUGAAGAAGUACCAUUUUGUCUUCUGGUUUUCGUUUCCUGCUCUGUGUGCCAUUGAUAGUAUUAAUGUUGCUAAGACACAGCGUCUUAACCAGUGCUUCAGUGAGGAGCAGAUUUAUUCCCUCCAGGAGUCAUAUGACGCCUUAGCUGACCAGCAUAAAGGCUUGGCAUUCUUCCUAGUUCAGAAGCAAGAUGAUCUACUGACUGUGUUCCAACUCUCUGAUUGGGACUUGUUACCGGAUAAAUCACAAGUGAUGCUUGGCUUCUGUGACCCUUGUACUCUGGAUCAGUACCCUGGAUGGCCACUCAGAAACUUUCUAGUACUGGCUGCGUACCACUGGUCAGAUGAGUUACAGAAUGUGCAAGUGUUGUGCCUGAGAGAUCGAACAAGGGAAGGAGUCCGUACUACAGACCAUAGUCUGGUGCUGGAUAUUCACCUGCCUUCAAUGAAACAUCUGAAUGAGUGUCCAAAGUGUGUUGGUUGGGAGAAGAAUCAGAAGAACAAGAUGGCACCUCGUAAGGUAGACCUGAGUGCCAGCAUGGAUCCAACACGCUUGGCUGAGUCAUCUGUGGACCUGAAUCUCAAGUUGAUGAGGUGGCGUUUGCUGCCCUCGCUUGACCUAGAUAAAGUAGCCCAGACCAAAUGUCUUCUCCUGGGCUCAGGAACCCUUGGUUGUAAUGUUGCCAGAUGCCUUAUGGGCUGGGGUGUACGCACUAUCACGUUAGUAGACAAUUCCACUGUGUCAUAUUCCAACCCUGUCCGUCAGAGUUUGUUUGAGUUUGAGGAUUCCUUGGAGGGAGGUAAACCCAAGGCUCAGGCAGCUGCAGAGAGACUCAAGAAGAUCUUCCCUGGUGUGCAAGCUACUGGUCUUUCUUUGUCCAUCCCUAUGCCUGGACAUGCUGUGGGUUCAUCAGAGGAUGUCUUGGAGCAAACCAAAGAAGAUGUAGCAAAGCUAGAGGAGUUGAUCAAUGCUCAUGAUGUUGUCUUCCUUUUGAUGGAUACCAGGGAAAGCCGCUGGUUACCUUCUGUCAUUGGUGCAAGCAAACGCAAGCUGGUGAUGAACGCAGCACUUGGCUUCGACACUUACAUGGUGGUCAGACAUGGUCUGAAGCCACCCAAAAAGAGCGCUAUCACCGAGGUUGCAGGUACAUCUGUUGAUGCAGCAGCAGUAGAGGUUUCUGAUGAACCCAAACCUUUAAUGGCAGAAAAAGAUUCUCUCAGAUGUAUUCCUGGGGAGAAGUUGGGUUGUUACUUCUGUAAUGAUGUUGUAGCUCCAGGAGAUUCAACCAAGGAUCGGACAUUAGACCAGCAGUGCACUGUGUCUAGGCCAGGACUGUCCAUGGUGGCUGCAGCAUUGGUUGUAGAGUUAUUGGUCAGUUUGCUACAACACCCCAAGGGAGGUUAUGCAGCAGCAGACACCAGUGCCAAAGAUGAUCACCUCACAACUUCCCUCAUUUCUCCUCUUGGCUUAGUUCCUCACCAGAUCCGUGGUUUCCUGUCCCGUUACCACAGCCUUCUACCUGCUAGCAUGGCAUUUGAUAUGUGUACAGCUUGCUCACCAAUUGUGCUCAAGCACUAUGAGAUGGAGGGAUUUGAGUUUCUCUUGCGUGCUUUCAAUGAGCCUCAUUAUCUUGAGGAUUUGACGGGUCUGACCAAGAUGCAUGCUGACACGGAUAAUUAUGAUGUGCUGGAUUUUAGUGAUGAGGAGAGUAUCAAAUCCCUUGAGUGAAAAUCCCAUCACGCUAUGCUGCUUCACAGAUAGAAUACCACAGUCCUUCAGGUUCAUAUCUGAAGAUUGCUGAACAAGACCGCGGUUGAAACUGCUAGAAUAUGUGUCUACAAAGCUUAAAUAUAGGUGAUAAAUUACGAGAAAGUGAUGCAUAUUGAAAGUUUGUGCUUUGAAAACAAAUAAACAACUGCUAAUAAAUGGUGUGAUUUGUUGAUUUUUAAUUAUGUAUAACUCAUCCAGUUUCUGAUUAAAAGCCUUUAGCUCCCUCAAAAAUAUUUUUAAGGGGAGAAAAUAUGUGAAAUGUAAUUAUUCAUUGUGGCCAAAUAAAGCAGUAGAAAGGAACCAACUGCAAUUUAUGAAUUGAGUUUACAGUUCUAUUGAAAUAAAGAAGAAAUGAAGAAAGCUUAAAGCAAGGCAGUAACUGUUUUUGUCUUAAUGUAAUACUCUUGUAUCAAAGGGUUAUACAUGUAUAUAUUACAUUUUGUGUCAACAAUUAGUGUCAUUCAUUGAUUAUUAAGAUAACCUUCAGCAAAAUAACAGCAAAAUCAAACUCUAUUCAUAUUAGUCCCUAAUAUCAUACAAUGUAAAAUCUAGACAAUGCAUGAAACGUGAAACUACACAUGGAAUUCCAUCUGAUACUAAGCAGUUAUUAGAUCAGAGGGCAAUGUGUUUUUUGCAGAAUUUUCCCUGAAAGUAAUUCCAGAACAGCAUUUUAAAUAGAAAUGGAAAUACCUGAAUACAGAGGUAUUGAAAGAAAAAGCAGACCGAGAGAAGGUUUGCAGGUAUAGGACCAACAUCCAUUUUACCAGUUCUUAUCAUCACAAACCACCACUCUGCAGGGGCAGAUCCAGGAUUUUUCCAGGGGGAGGGGUCAGGCCAGAGAUUUUAUGAAGGUUUUAUGUUUUGCAGACAAACAGAAAUUAUGAUGAAAUGUACAUUACAUGACACACAUUGUUUAUAAUGUUAUUGGUGCACUUACUUUAGUUAACUUGUAUUAUAUUCCCCAUUUCUUUUAUCUUCUUAUUCUUUGGGGUGUUUUGAACCCCCCUACUUUUAUAGAAGAGAUCGAUUUCAAAUGGUGUACCCGCAAACUGUCUCUCAGUGUAGCCUCCGGCAUGCAAACUUUCAAAUCACACUUCAGAAAAAGCAGAUUAAAGUACAUGUGUGCAAAUGUUCCUCAUUUGAUUAACUUUUAUGAACUGUCAGGAAAUUUCAAGUGAAAGCAUUUAAUGAAAUUAAAAUGUAUAUAUUUUAUUUAAAAUAUGACUGAUAAAUUUGUGAUUCCUCAUAAAAUGAAUGUACCCACUAUUAAAUGCCAUAGACUUCUGUUUUAUUAACUGUCUUUGGGUUCAUUUCAUAUUUCAGUUUCCAGGACAUUAUUUUAACCUUUACAAAACCAGACAAAAGGAAAUACAAUGUUUAUUCGAGAGGUUUAAAUUUAAUAUUUCUGUAACAAUCCACGAUUAUUGAACACAUUCAAGUUAAAUAAAAUGAACUUGUGAAAGUACUUCUUCCAGUAGAUUUAGUAUCUUUAGUAUCAGUAAGUGACUUUAUUUCAGGCAAAAUGUAAGCUUUUUUUUAAAUGAUUCAUUUACUGUUUGCCAAGGAACUGAAUUUUUUAAAGACAACUGUUUGAAUGUAGUGGACAACAUUCCUUUUUUAUUGCUUCUUUAUUUACUUAAUCUUGCCACUGAAUCAGUUUAUUUCCUUCAGUAUCCUUUGUCAUUUACAAAAAUUUUUGAAAUUUAUUGAUUUUAUUUUGAGAAUGAAAUAAAUUUCACAAAUUUUUUAGCUCACAUGUCAAAAGUGUCUAGUCCUUGAUCAGCAUUAACCACUGUUGAAUAAAAUGAAAUUAAAGUAGAUGACACACACACAACACUGCAAGUGAAACGGGCAUUACCAAACUUGAACUUCAUAUUUAAACAGUGCAAGUGGAGGAAACUAAUUCAGUCACUACUGAUCUUUCUAGAAUUUCUGUUCCAAAGCAUAACUUUCCACAACUUGUUUUCUGUUCUCCCCUCAAGCAAACUGCAGCACUAAUUGAAAUUAAUCUGAGUAAAAUGAUCCUCUGACAUGAAACAGUGAAAUACUCAUAUAACGGCCCCUGGAUGUUUUUUAAAUCUGUCAUGUUUCUUGCAGAGAAUGGAUACAGUCUAGCAAAUUGGAAAAAAUUUGGAAUAGUAUCUGCCAGCCUAAACUUGCAAAACAUUGGCUCAAAGGUGUACAUGUAUAGAGUUAAUUCUUACCUCCUGGAGUAUUGCAGAACUAGUUUUUGCACAAGAAUACUUGUGAGUGUGGAUGACUGUGGUCUGGGGACCAAUGCCUGAUAUUCCCUUUAGGCUCAAGAGUCAUGUUCUUCAGCCGUCAUUCCUUAUUAUUGAUGGUUUUUAACCUGCCUAAAAGCUCUACAAUUAAAAAAGACAGAGAAAAUAAAAGAUUGUAAAAAAUUGACUUCAUUUGAUUAAAAUAAGCUGUAGCCCUAAGCAAAUGUUGGUCUAGAAUUGAACCUAAAGCUUAGGACUCCAUGGCUUAUCAGCCAAGAUAUGAUCAACCCAUUGUCUCUCACUUGUAGAAACUGCAAUUUCGUCAAGUUCAGCUUAUCUUUGUUUACCCAAGUCUCAAUAAUUAAUAAACUGAAUUCCAAGGUGUAAUCGGAUUUAAAAUUUACAGAGUUGAAUGUGAGAAGGGAAAAAUUUCCUCAAGCAUAGCUAGGAUCCGAGUGAAGACAGUUUGAUUUGUAAAAAUAAACAGUGUGCUUCACGCCUGGACUUUCAAUCAAAAGAAUGCUGUAAAUCUUUCCCCCAGUUGUCAUAAAUUUUCCCCGUCCAGCAAGCCAUCUGGACUCAUCAUGCAGAACUGAAGUAUUCUUCUUGCUCUUGUGUAUCUUCUCACUAUACUUAAUACCCUAACCAUUGUCUGUUAUAACAUUUACAGUUUCCAUGUCACAGCCAGUGGUGUAUAAUUUGAAAAUGCAGUAAAUAAUCAAAAAUUAAAUUAUACAUGCAGAUACAUUUAUAUGUUAAGGAUAAUAAAUGUAUCUAAUUUAUAAGAGAAAGGAUUGAAGAGAGAAAUGGACUUGGGGAGGACUAAAAAAGGAUUGGCACAAUGAAAAUUCUAAAAGAAAGUUAGAAUGCAUUGAAAAUUACAUUCAAAAUAUUAAUACAUAUAUUUAAGGAAUACUUUAAUUUCCAAGUAAAAUCAUAUACGUGUACACAGCCUACACUGUACACAAACAUGUUCAUAGUUCAUGUUCAUUACAGGUGAAAAUCUACAAACAGGAUAUAUGCUGAUGUGCUAGUACAGCAUUACUUUAAAACCUUAAGUUUGAUAAGAUCAAUGAAAAAAUCACUUGCCAAAUGUUUCAGCUAAUUAUCUCCCUUGAGUUCUGCUUAUGAAACAUUUCUCUGUAUUUUUCAUCUCACAAAGCCCUGAGCCAUUUUGGGGUUAUACGUAUCUCUGGGGCUCUCAAGCACAGCAUCCCAACCAACAUAUUACUAUCUUUAUUAAAGACAACCUUGACAGUAUCUUUCCAUGCACACUUGAUUUCAUAUUGGUUACAUCAGAUUGAAAGGAUUAGCCAAGUUGAAUUUCUUUCAUGUGAGUUAACAAGCCAUCACAUCUCUGUCAAGUUCAGUCCUUUGCACAGCUGCAUGUUGGCAUUUUCUGUUUACUCUUUCUGAUCAUGAUUCUCCCUUCCAUGGUUCACCAAUGUCACUGAUGACAGAAUACCAUUAAUCAUAUUGCUAUCCUGGGAACUAUGGACCAUGGUGUUUCCAUCAGUGUGUCAUAAUUGUUUACUAGAUAAAGUUUCAAUGGUCUGUGAAAGUUUUGGGGGCAUUUUCUAAUGGGACUUGCUAACAGGAAUAAAAUGAGCAUGAGAUUCUCAAGAGUUUGAGCAGAAGUGCUAGGAACAAUUUAGAAGUCUAAUGAUGGGGUUGGGUAGGAUGUGUCUGAUCUAAAUUGAAUUGUCAUUUCGGGUAUAACCAUGCUACAACUGGCGAAGAAAAUGUUCCACUAUGACAUGACACGAUAAACUCUGCUGCAUGACUAAUAUGAAAAUCAUACAUUUAAGGAAUGUCAGCUAACCUUUUCCUGUUACAAAUCAAGAUUCUUGUAUUUCUUUCAAAGACAUAAUAGGUGCAAUAUGAUGCCCUGAAUAUUUAAGCACAGAUUGUGAAUAGCAAGAAGGGAAAAGGGCCAUUAAAAUUGAGCAGAUUUUUUAUAAGGAACUCUAGUCCCUGCUCAUCUUGGGAUCUUUACACUGACAGAAAUCUUGACGUGAUGAAUGCACUCUGGUUCCCAUGGUAGCAUAUUUCUCAUUCCUGGAUUUCCAUUGGCUGAAUACCACAGCUUGAUGCCACACACCAGAAUCCUCAAAUCCCAAGAUCAGACAGCACUCAAAUUGUCAGAAUUCCACACGGCAACAACUGUUCCAAAGGGGGGGUAGUAGUCUGUGAUAAAGUGAUGAUAGAGUUCCAACACGGAUAACAUGUGGAAGUAUUUGGAAAGGUUCCCUGCAGCUCUAGAAUUCAAUUUCUAGACAAUGACUUUUUAUAAUUAUUUACAAAUUCAAAUGUUCCUUUUCUCCACUCUUUGACAUAGGCCUACUCUGUCAGUUGGAUAGACCUUUUUUGGUGUGGGAUGAAGAAUUAUGUGCUUGUUAGUUGUAAGCCAUUGUUCUUUUGAACCCAUUUUGUAAAAUACAUGUACAUCAAGAAAUCAACUGCCUUUGGUCAAUCCGAGAUUGGAAAUUCAUUACCCAUUCUUAGUACUCCCCUAAGGCUGAAGUCAAGUCUUGGGUUUUACAUCUCCAUUAAUACGGUAGCCAUUAUAUGCAUAAAACACAGAAACCUACACACAUACCACAUAUUGUGAGGGGAAGCUACGAGAACAGAGAAAUGUCCUCAUAGCUUGGUCCAGAUUUGCCUAACAAAAGAAACCUGCGCGAAGGCCUACACAU